AUGCUUGUAAUAUGCCUACUAACGAGUUCAUUAUCCGAAGGUUUUGAUGACACAUUCACCCCAACAGAAAAGACAGAAAGCUGGUUAAACCAUGGUGGGGAUAUAUACAACAGAAGAUAUGCCAGAAUGGAGCACAAGAUCAGCGUUGAAACUGUUUCCAACCUAAGUUUGAAGUGGAAGUUCAUCGCAGGCAAAGACAUAACUGCAACUCCAGCGAUUUUCAAUGGGAUUCUCUACUUUCCAUCGUGGAAUGGGGAUAUUUUUGCAGUGAGAGCACGAGAUGGACUUCUGGUGUGGAAGCAGAACUUGCAGAAUCUAACGGGGUUAAAUGCAACAGGGUUUGUGCCAGGUGUUAACUGGACAGUAGCAAGAGCAACACCAACCAUAGCAGAGCAUGAUCUUUUGGUGGUUGGAAUAUAUGGCCCUGCAGUUGUUAUUGCUCUGAAGAGAUCAACAGGAGAGUUAGUUUGGCAGACACGUUUGGACAGCCACAACUCAAGUGUUACCACCAUGUCUGGAACCUAUUACAAAGGGGCUUUUUAUGUUGGAACAUCUUCACUAGAAGAAGGACUCACACCAGAAGAAUGUUGCACCUUUCAGGGAAGCUUCUCCAAGCUAGAUAUGAAAUCUGGGGCUGUUUUGUGGCAAACCUUCCUGCUACCUGAUAAUCAUGGAGAAAAAGGAGGAUAUGCUGGUGCAGCUGUAUGGGGAAGUAGCCCUUCUAUUGAUGCAUCAAGGAACCUUAUAUAUAUUGCCACUGGAAACUUGUAUUCUGUCCCUUUGAACAUAAGUGAAUGUCAACAAAGAGAGAAUAAUGUAACACGACCCACUCAUCCUGAUGAGUGUGUUGAGCCAGACAAUCACUCUGAUUCCAUCCUUGCACUUGACUUGGAUGAUGGAAAAAUCAAAUGGUACCACCAAUUGGGAGGAUAUGAUGUGUGGCUCGCUUUAUGCAGCAAUUUGUCAACACCUAAUUGUCCAACUGGUCCGAACCCAGAUGCUGAUUUUGGGGAGGCACCAAUGAUGCUCACGAUUGUUCUCAACAAAACAAAAGAAGAUGUUGUUGUUGCUGUACAGAAGAGUGGUUUCGCUUGGGCUUUGCACCGUGAUGACGGCAAGCUUAUUUGGUCUACGGAAGCUGGACCAGGUGGGGUUUCAGGAGGUGGAACAUGGGGAGCAGCGACUGACAAAGAAAGGGUAUACACUAAUAUUGUGAAUUCGGAAAACAAGAACUUCACCCUCAAACCAUCGAACAAGACCACAACAACUGGAGGGUGGGUGGCAAUGGAGGCAAAGAGUGGCAAGAUUUUGUGGUCCACAGCAAACCCUAGUAAUGCCACUGUUCAUGGCCCUGUUACUGUAGCUAACGGCAUUGUCUUUGCAGGAUCCACAAAUGCAAAAGGACCCAUUUAUGCCAUUAACGCUAAGACUGGCAACAUUUUAUGGUCCUACGAAACAGGUUCUACAGUGUUUGGUGGUAUGUCCGUCAGUGAUGGUUGCAUAUAUGUUGGAAAUGGAUAUCAGAUAGGCAUUGGAUUGUUUUCAAAUUAUUCUGCUGGAACUUCACUUUUUGCCUUCUGUGUCUAA